UGCUGCCCUCCAUGCCGGGAUCCUCGCCCUCUCCAGCCGCUGGCUACAGUGGGAGCGGCGACGGCUCGCACUCCGCCUCCGCCAUCGUCGCCGGCGCUGUGACCGGCUCCCACGUGCUCAAGAUCGUGUCCUACUCCCGCACCAAGGAGGUCCCCAAUGGCCAGCACAUCGACUCCCGCCACUUCUACCUGGGAGGGCACACCUGGUACGUGGAGUAUCACCCCAAUGGGAGCGCCGCCGACAACGUCGAUUUCAUAUCGUUGUUUCUCGCCAUCCAUGGCGCAGUUCCCGGUAAGGCUGCGAAGGCGCAGGUCACCAUCAGCUUACUCGACCAGGGUGGGAAGCCGGUGCCGUGCUACUCCAAAGUCGCCGGAUUCGUGGACUUUGCGGUGAAAGGGAGCUGGGGAUUCCCAAAGUUCAUCGAGAGGAAAGCUCUGGAGAAAUCCGAGCAUCUCAAGGAUGACUCCUUCACCGUCAGGUUCGAUGUGACCGUCAUGAGGGACAUCCAAACCGUGGGAACGCCGUCAGUGGUCGUGCCGCCGUCGGACAUGCACCGACACUACCGUGAUCUCCUGCUCAGCAAGGAGGGUGCCGAUGUCAAAUUCCGAGUCGGCGGGAAGACAUUCUCUGCUCACCGGCUUGUUCUCUCGACGCGGUCGCCGGUGUUCAAAGCGGAGCUCUUUGGUCCGAUGAAAGAGAGCACCUCCACCAAGGCCAUACGCAUCGAAGACAUGGAGCCAGAGGUGUUCGAUACGCUGCUCACCUUCAUUUACACGGACACACUACCAGAGACGAAGGAAGGAGAGGAAUGUGCAAUGGCUCAGCAUCUACUUGUCGCCGCAGACAGGUAUAACCUGGAGAGGCUGAAGUUGAUCUGUGAAGAUAAGCUGUGCAAGUAUAUUGAUACGGACUCCGCUGCGACCAUCUUGGCAUUAGCUGAAAAGCACAACUGUCAUGGGCUUAAGGAUGCAUGCUUCGCGUUCCUAAGCUCCGCUAAGAAUCUGGAUGCCGUCAUGGAAACAGAUGGAUUUGACUACCUGACAGUUAGCUGCCCCAGUGUUCUGAAACAGCUGCUCUCCAAAUUCGUUCCCCGUUGAACUGAAAAGAGGCGGUGUCAGUGUGUAACAGCAAAUCUUCCCUAACUAUAUUUAGCCUUAUACCCAAGAGGAUGCAAGGUACUCCCGGCCAUUGUUAUAUGUUUUCUCGUUGUAUCCAGUAUCCUUUAUAUAUGUAGAACUGUUUUGGUGGCAACCUACGUUUCUAAGAAAGAAGCUUGUUUUGGUACUAUGAACAGUUAGUUGGAUUAUGUGCACUGAAAAACUCGUGUUUUUGGUUCUAUGAACAGUUAGUUUGGUUAUGUGCACUGAA